AAUCUCCCGCAUCAUCACCCUCCUUACCCCCAGUACACAUCUCAGGAUGACCAUCUUCGCCUUUUUGAUAUCCUAGCGUGCAUCCUGCCGCGGCAAAUCGAAUGCAACCCCUUGGCACCUCCAUCCUUCACUCCCCACGGCAUGAAUCCUGAUCUUAUCACGCACGGAGACCAAGGGUCCCUAUAUCUAAAUAAUACCCACAUACUAGAGGUCUCCCCUCCUUCAUUGAGCGUUACCCCCCCGUCAUCACUUUGUUUAUCCAUUUCACGCAUACUGUACUCGUUAUUCCUCCGCCUGCAGAUGCUACUCUGUUGACAGCCUUGUCCACUUACACAUACCUAUUGUUUGCCAUCGCCAUGUCGUCACCCUCAACCCAACACACUGAGGCCCAGAAACCAGAGAACAGCACCGCAGCCGCUGCCACCGCCACGAACAAUGCCGCGGCUCCACGGAAACGAAGGAGAAGAGCGCCGGCAACUGGGGCAAGUGAGGACUGUUUUGCAUGUAGGAAACGGCAGAUCAAGUGCGAUCGACGGCGACCAUACUGCGGGCAGUGCAUCGAACUGGGGAAAGAUUGUACCGGCUAUCGCACUACACUGACGUGGGGCGUGGGAGUUGCCAGUCGCGGAAAGCUUCGAGGCAUGUCACUCCCCGUGCCCAAAUCACCGACGCAGACCAGCAGCACUGCGAGGCAAGAAACAAAAUCCCAGAGCUCAACUGCGUCGUCGUCGACGGCGACGCCUACAACUCAGGGUCCAACCAAAUUGGAGACCCGACACAGCGUCGAUUUCGGCGUGACUUCUCCUAUCAGCCCAACAAGCCCUACAUUAUAUUCUGGACCGCAUGAGUACAAUUAUUUCGGUCCCACGAGCCCCAUUCCCAUUCCUUCACCCACCACUGGGGCUCCCAUGGGCUUUGGGGGACCUGGUUAUGGGGACCACGUGGAUGCAUUUCAUCCGCAUACAUCCAAAUUGAAGAGACCCCACCUACAGCCAGGGUUUCAUUUACAGCGAUUGCAUACAUCUCUUCAUGCACCAUAUGACGAGACGGGACUCUCCACUUCCUCAGCAUCUCUCGGUACCCAUAGCGAUAGCGACUUUCCCUCUCCUGGCGAAUACCCUCCUACUCCUCAUGAUGAGUUUCCUUUUGGAGACUCAUCCCUUCCUCAGUUCCAACCCAUCAACUGGCACGACCAGACGCCUAUGAGCUCCAUAGACAACUUCCAGUUUUACGAUAUCCCGCGCACACUUCCAAUGGCCGAUGACCUCAGCUCCAGUAUCAGCUCCGACCAGAGUGUGCAGGACCUGUCCGACGCCAGCUCCACACAACAGAACAUGGGACCACCUACAUUUCCCGAGAUCUUCAUUGAAGGCGAGAUGGCUUCGAGUGCGAAUGGGUUCUCUCAGUCAGGAUUCUCCUAUCUCCCAACGGAGGGUAUGUCUUCCAAUGGUUCAGGCCCCUUGUCUUCAGACGAACUCGCGCUCACUACUGCCAUUCCUCAGAGUCUUAUCCUCGCUUCGCCCCCUUCCCCGCGGAUGCAAUACCUGCUGGACUACUACGACAGAUUUAUAUGCCGGGUACUGGUCGCUUUUGACGAGCCCUCGUCCAACCCUUACCGGAUGCAUGUGAUGCAUCUGGCUAUGAGAGACGAAGGACUGCAAAACGCAAUUGCCGCACUGGCAACAAACAACAUGAGGAUGCGGAACGCCCUACAAGGCAGGCGAGUCAGUACGGCAGAGAAUGAUGGUUAUCUGCCAGAGCACUCCUUCCAGGCCAUCUCGACGCAGGAAUUGCGCGAGAUGCACGGCGAGCCAACCGAUGAGGAGAAACACUACAAAGCCGCCUCCGUGACACUGCUCAACCGCAAGUUGGCGCGCCCAGGCGGCGCUCAGGACGACUCCGUCCUGGCGACCCUUCUGAUUCUCUGUCUUUUCCACGUCUGCGACUCGGGUUUUGCGAAGUUCAAGACGCAACUGGCGGGCGUGCAGAAACUACUAAGUAUGCGCGAUAGAAGCGUGCAAUCUCAAUUCAUUGGUUGGAUCGAGCUGUUCUUUACGUGGUUUGAUGUCAUGACCAGCGCGGUCAACGACCGCGAGACGGAAGUCCAAGGCGAGUCGUUGGACAUGACGAACCUCACUGCCAACCUGGGCGCAUUGGAGCAUCUCUCUGGCUGUGAAGGCCGUCUCUUCAAACUCAUCGCAAGACUCGGUAGACUCAAUCUAAUGAGCCAAAACCGGGCCGUAAGAGAACAGGAUACGACACCCCGCGCAUCACCGAAGCCCAGGCGACCAACAAGAGACUUCUACUCCUUCAACUUCGAUCAUUAUGACGGGAACGGGUGGGGCGGUCUGAUCAACGAGCGUGUGUCCCCAACAACACCGCCGGCCGAUCACCGCCCGACCGCGUUUUGGAUCGAGUGGAAUGACAUUCGCACGCGCCUCCAAGCCUGGCAGAUGGAUCCGCCCGCCGGAGGACCAGUGUCGUCAGCAGACGACGGAAACCAAACGGACGCAUCGUCGCUGCGGCACAUGAGUGAAAGCUUUAGAUACGCAGCACUUCUGUAUACGGAGCGGCUAGCGGAACCCACUCCGCCAUCCAGCGCAUUCAACUUCCAGGCGCUCGUAGCACAAGGUCUUCACCACAUCUCGCAGAUUGGCGUGGCGAGCUGCAUGAACAAGUUCCUCCUCUGGCCACUGUUCAUCAUCGGCACCGAGUGCGUGGACCCAGGACACCGCGCCACGGUGCGACAGAGAUGCAUUGAGAUUCAGCGCGAGAGCGGCUUCUUCAACAACCUGAGUGGCCUGGAAGUGUUGGAGAAGGUGUGGCAGGAUUACGAUGAGGGGGAGAGUAACGGCGGGGCCGGCCAUGGGCCAUUCGGUGCACAGCAGCAGGCGUUCCGUUGGCGUAGAGCCAUGGACCGUGUCGACGGGGAGUACAUUGUGAUAUGAAGGAAGGGGUCUACCUAGCACUGGGUGCAAUGUGAUAUUUCAGGCAAGGAGGGUCCUGAUUGGCCAACUGGGCGCUGCUGUGUUGGCGUUUCUGAGCACGAAUUACGAUAGGUUACGAAGAAGAUAUCCCACGCGCACAUCUAUGGUUCUGGGAACCAACGUACAUAAUCCUCGCGAAAAAAUGCUAUUGGAUGCAGGUACUGGUACAAACCCUCCUCGAGUACAUAUGUUUGUGGGGUCGGGUAUUGUUUCGGAACAUGGGCAGUGCUGUCAUUUGUCUAUCGAAAAUGACAAUAAUGAUAAGGCAGAAUUAUGGCGUCG